ACUGUAAAAUCAAAUUGGAAGUCGUAAAUUCUCAAUUCGUCCUUAUUUGAAUCAUGUAUGUUGAAAAUAGUACAUCUGCAUCUCCCAAUUCCAUGUACUUGUAGACAAGAAGACUGCCAAACAACCUUCAUCAAACACUUGCUAAAAACAAACAACAUUUUUGAUUCAGACCAAACCCAUCUCACUUUCAUCCUCAAAUCGAUACAUACAUAGACAUACACCAUGUUUGCAUCAUCAAUACUUCUCACAUCAUACCUCAAUCUCUUCCUCCACGCCUCACUCUCUCUCCUCCUAACUCUCUUAAUCUCUCUCCUCAACAUCCCCUCUCUCUUUCUCUAUGCUCUCAACACUUACAUUCACCCUGAUGAUGUCUCCCCCAAUAAUUCCAACACAAGGGCUGCUAUUCGACGCCCUGGUGCUCCGGAAGCUGAGCUCAGACCCAGGAAAAAAGGCAAACAAAGCUUUGAAUUUGAUGAGAAUAAAGCUCAGAUCUUUAGGCUUAAGCUCAGUCAUGCCCAUCUUCAGUCAAGGUUGCAUUUUGAUCAGUUUCAUAAGGCUUUUAGCUCAGCUUUUGUUGCCCUUUUUAGUGUAGUGAUGCAUUUGUUUUUGAAGGUGGAUAGAGAUAAUGGGGUUCUUGAGAAUGCUACUAUUGUUCCUGUUUUGUUGUGUUUUGUGGGGGUUUUUAGGGUGUGUGUUUUGGUUUUUCUGGUGUCGUUUGAGCGGUCGGCUUCGAAGAGAUUGGAUAAGCAAUGUAGUGUUGUGUUGGGGAUUUUAGGGUUUGUGAUAGGGGUUAUGUUUGUGUUAGAUGUUUUUCCUAAGUGGGCUUUUGAUAUUAGGUUGGGAUUUUUGGAUGGAUUUGGUAGGUUUGUUGUUUCGGUGGCUAUGGGUUGUUUAGCCGGUCUGUUGUAUAUGCCUGCUGCUAGGAAUGCUCGCGCGUUUUGGCUUGGGACGGAUCAAAGUCGUAGUUAUUUGUCGAUUAUAUCUUGUGGAUGGAUUGAAAGAUUGCUUCUUUAUGGAAGUUCAUUGUUGGCUAUAUUUACUGCAUUGCUUUGGAUCAGUCCAUUUGCAGAUUUAUUAAUUAAUAAGAAUAUUGCCAGUGGCCGGAAGGGAUCGAUGUCUGAUGAGUUGGUUGGUAAUGUGGGUAUGUCAAGUUCGGAUUUCGAUAAGUUUAGGCAAUUGUGCUUGUUGGUUGUAGGUGUCCUGCAGAUGGUGACUUUACGGUCAAAUUUACAAAUAUUUUUAAAUGAAGCAGUGUUAUCUUGGUACCAGAGAUUGCAUGCUAGUAAGGUUCCAGACUUGGAAUUCAGCAGGGCAAAGGUUUUCCUGCACAACCACUACUUGUGUCUUGUAGCGUUGCAGUUUUUUGCGCCACCAGCAUUGGUACUUCUCUUUCUCGGUUUAUCUCGAAUUGGUGAUGACUUGCAUAAAAAUAUCCAAUUGUUAUGUGGUUUGCUUCCUUGCACUGCUUUAGUAAAUGAAGUGGCUUUGUUUAUGGCAUGGUGGGUUGUUUUUGUAUGGUCAAUAUUUACUGCAGGAAGCCUUGCUCUAUAUCGGCGUGGCAUAUUGAAUGUAUCAUGAUAGCUUUUCAUAUGGUGUCCCCCACUUCUAAAUUUUGGCCUAGACGUUGUAUUUUUCAUAUGAUCUUGUAACGGAUUUUCAUUCUUGAAUCUAUAAAACUUACAUACACAUUUUCAA